AUGACACUCACAGUCUUCCCCCCAUCAACACUACCCCCAUCCACUAAAUCACCGACAUCACCUGCUUCUGCAAACACUAUCGCCCACGAUGCCGAUUCGACACUCCUAACGAUAACCCCCCUUUUCGCGCGCUUGGAAUAUAACUUUCUCAGUAGUACUACGGAUCUGAGGCCAUUGGUACGAGAUGAGUUUCAGCGGAUGAGGGUGCAGGCUAACAUUGACUACGCGCGCACGGCUCUGAAUACACUCGAAAAGUCGAUUACUAGCGUGAAACGUGUUGAUCGGCGAUCUGAGAUCCAGACGGAGGUUGGGAGGAAGAGGCAGACGCUGAGGGCGUUGGAAGGUGUGCUGAGGGAUGUUACUGUGCAGGCGGAGGCGCAAGCAAACCGCGACGAUGAUAUCGAGGAAGAGGAGUAUGAGGGGGAAGGGGAGUUAGUGGAUAUAAGUGACGAUGAGGGUGAUCUAAAUGCGCCAGAGAAGACAGCGAUGGAGGAUGCGCAACCACAACCACCACCACCGGCAGAAGAAGAAGAGAAGGAAAAGACAAGCCGUGACGACUCUGCGACGGCCAAUCCGCCCACAUCAACUUUCCGAAAUCGUGGUUUCCAGCGCCAGCACCCAACAGCGACGUCGACUUCUUAUCAGACCCAUGACCAACCCCAGCCAACAUCACCGCCGCAACCAGACCGUGCACAAGCGCAAACAACAGAACAAUCCCUCUCUACCUCCCGUCUCGAACACGAAUCCCUCACUGAAUCCCUCCUCUCCCUCGCUACGCAACUGAAGUCCUCCUCCACGUCCUUCCACACCUCGCUCGAAUCCGAAAAAUCCGUGCUGGAUCGCGCUGUAGAUGGGCUCGAUACUACGACAACAAAUAUGAGUGCGGCUGAGAAGCGAAUGGGGACACUGAGGAGGAUGACAGAGGGGAAGGGGUGGUGGGGACGGAUGAUGCUCUAUGCGUGGAUUCUGGGGUUGUGGCUGAUUGCUAUUUUGAUUGUGUUCUUGGGGCCGAAGUUGCGGUUCUAG